AUGGUUCUAUUAUCUUCAAUGGUUGAUGAUCCUAGGGCACCGGUUAUGAACAAUUUCCCAAAUCAUGUCUGCAUAAAUUCAAUUGUCCCUUUGUUAGGACAUUCUUCACAUCUGAUGCCCGAAUCAACGUUUGCAUAUUUUGUACUCUCGAUUUUGUCACCUCGUAGUUCAUUGGUACUUCGCAAUAAAUUAAUGCAUCCAUCAUGA